AUGAAAACGUUGCGUCGCGACGCCACUUCCGUAACUUUAACGUGGAUCAACGAGGGCCGCGAUUUGUUUGCGCUGCUGCAAAUUUUCGACGACUUCGGCUCCUGGAAAACGAUCUACCGCGGUUUCAGGACUACAUACAAAGUGACGAAUCUCUUCCCAGGAAGAAUAUACAGAUUCCGUUCGAAGUUGGGCGAUUCCGACUUCCUCGAAUUCGAAUCGGCGACGGAAAUCGAGAUCGCUUACAGCAAACACCUGAGCAGAGCUAUAAAAUUCAAUAAAUUACCCUUGAUAAGGAAAAUCAUCGCUAAAAAGCCUCAACUUUUAUAUGUUAAAAACGAGGAGAAUCCGUUGAGACAAUCCAUCGAAUUCGGGAAUUUAGCUGCAGCGAAUGUCCUGUUAACUCUGGGUGCCGAUAUCGACGAUCGUCAUCUGUUUGACGGCACGACAGCCUUGAUGUUGGCUCUGGAUAAAGGGGAUUUGAAUUGCGCCAAGUUUCUCCUAUCGAAAGGCGCUUCGACUGCAUCGAAAGAUUGUGUCGGUAGGAACGGAUUGCACAGAGCUGUAGACACCGGCCGUUCAGAGACAGUGGAAUUCGCUUUGCUGCAUAGUUUCGAUGUUAAUUGCGUCGACGUUAACGGGUGGACUCCGCUCGUACGUGCAGUUGUUUUAGAAUGCUCGGAUGACGUGAUCCAAAGUUUAAUAUCUUCCGGCGCGGACGUCGCGAUUCCCGAUCGCAACGGUUUCGACUAUCGGAAGCACCUCGAAAUCUCCGAAAGAAAGAGAGAGUGUUGACUCACGAGUCCCGCUUUUC